ACAUUUUUGAACAUUUUGAACGUUGUGUACACACUGCCCCUAACCAGUUGACAUAACAACAAUUGCCGAGGCCCACGGAAUUGGAAUAAUGCAAAUUAUUAAAGUAGUUACCCGUAAUUUAGUCAAACACAAACAUCUUUGCCAGCCAAAAUUGCUAAAUGUCACAUCCACGCUUUACUAUACCACGUCCAAAGGCGCCGAUUUGCCAUUAGCGCCGGGCUACCAGCCAAAGGUAGUGGAGGAUGCGUAUUGGGCGCGUGAGAAGGAGCCAAAGAAGGAGGUGCUCACCUCUUGCAAACGUGGCACAUACCGCAUGAUACUGCCGCCUCCAAAUGUAACUGGCAAUUUGCAUUUGGGGCACGCACUGAAUGCCACCGUGCAGGAUGUAAUUGCGCGCCAGGAACGACAGCUGGGCUACGAGGUGGAGUGGGUGCCGGGCACCGAUCAUGCCGGCAUUGCCACACAGGUGGUCGUGGAGCGCACGUUGGCCGCGACCAAGGGUAUAACACGGCAGGAAAUCGGACGCACAGCCUUCCUGGAGGAGGUGUGGAAAUGGAAAGCAGAAAAGGGCGCUGGCAUUGUGCAGGAUUUGCGCCAGCUGGGCUGUACGCUCAACUGGGAGCAUGUGUACUUUACCAUGGACACCAAGCAGGCACUUGCGGUAAAUGUGGCCUUUGAGCGACUCUUCGACGAAGGAUUAAUUAAGCGACGCAAUUCGCUCGUGAACUGGUCUUGUGCCCUGCGCUCCGCCAUCUCCGACAUUGAGGUGGAAACUAUGGAGGUGAAGGAGCCUAUUGAAAUUGCCGUGCCUGGCUACGACCACAAUGUGCUUUUCGGACGCAUCUUUGACAUUGCCUAUCGCGUAGUUGGUGGCCAGACCGAAGAGGAUGGCACGGCCGAGGAGAUUGUCGUGUCCACCACAAGACCCGAAACCAUUCUAGGUGAUGUGGCGGUUGCUGUGAACCCGGGCGAUCCACGUUACAGCAAAUACCGCAGCCGGGAGGAAGUUAAACUGCGGCAUCCGUUUCGGGGCGACACAAUUCCUUUGAUCUAUGAUCUCAGCGUGGACAGAGAAUUCGGCACUGGUGCCGUUAAGAUUACACCAGCCCAUGACAAAUUCGACUUUGAGCUGGCCACUCGCCACAAUCUGGAGGGACGCCGCGUGUUUACCGAAAGCGGCGAAAUCGAGGAGGCCUUUUCAGAGUUUCGGGGUAAACCACGCUUUGAGGCACGCGAUCUGAUCGUGGAUCGCCUGGAGGAACUAGACCUGCUGCGUGAGGUGCGUGCACAUAAGAUGCAGCUGCCGCUGUGUUCACGCUCCAAGGACAUCAUCGAAUACAUGAUGGUGCCACAGUGGUUCCUCGAGACCCAAUCCAUGGCCGAGGAUGCCCUGUCAGAGCUGAAAAGCGGCCGACUGCAAAUAAUGCCCUCCAUCUUCGAGUUGGAAUGGGAGCGCUGGCUGCAGGACUCGCGCGACUGGUGCAUUUCCCGUCAGCUGUGGUGGGGUCACCAGGUGCCCGCAUACCAAGCCUUUGACUCCAAAGGCAAUAGCUGCUGGGUGGCCGCAAUCGAUGAGGAAGCUGCCCGCGAAAAGGCGGAGCUCAAAUUGGGCAGCAAGGAACUAAGACUGACCCGAGACCCAGAUGUACUGGACACCUGGUUCUCCUCUUCGCUGUUGCCCUUCUCCGUGGCUGGUUGGCCCGAUGAAAGCUACAAAGAGAAGUAUCCGCUGAACCUGAUGCAAACUGGCCAUGAUAUACUCUUCUUUUGGGUGGCGCGCAUGAUGAUGAUGGGCCUGAAGCUAACCGGCAAGGCGCCCUUCGGUCGCAUCCUGCUCAAUGGCAUCGUGUGCGAUGCACAGGGCCGAAAGAUGUCCAAGAGCCUGGGCAAUAUUGUGACGCCACAGCAGGUCGUUCAGGGCGCCAGCCUGGACAGCCUGAAGGCGGCACUGCAGCAAUCCUGCGAUUCGGGCAUAAUCAAUCCCAAGGAGCUGAAAACAUCCACUAUGGGCAUGACCAAAAUGUUUCCGAAUGGCAUCCAAGAGUGCGGCACGGAUGCGCUGCGCUUCACGCUGCUGAGCCAUAAUAUUAAGAAUCAUUUCAUCAACUUUGAUGUGGCCGCCUGCUACACCAACAAACUGUUCCUCAACAAGAUCUGGCAGGCCAUGCGCUUCACACUGGGUUCGGCCAAAUCUUUGGGCAUUGGUCUAAAUGAAUUUGAGACCAUGGAGGGCGUUAAGCUCGGCAUGUGGGAUCGCUGGAUCAUCGGGCGACUGGCCGAGACACUGUCCAUAUGCUCCGACUGCUCCACCAACUACAAUUUCCACAUGGCCACCUCGGCGCUGAAGCAUUUCUUCUAUCAAAAUCUGUGUGAUGUUUACCUGGAAACCACAAAAGCGGCCAUCAGCAGUCGUAGCCCCAGCGCCUACGUCCACGUGGCAACUCUGACCGCCUGCCUCAGCUGGGGCCUGCAGGCCAUGUCGCCCUUUACGCCCUUUGUUGCCGACGAACUGCUGCAGCAUGUGCCGCUCAAUAUUGAGCUGAAGCUAUCGCAGUAUCUGGACCCCAAACUGCAGGCCGAGGUUGCCGAUAUAGUCAGCAUUUGCACGACCGUGCGGCAGGUGAAGAGCCGCAAUCAGAUCAGCAAACGCCAUUCACCCAAAUUGUGUCUAUUUGCCCAAAACGAGGAGGCGGAAACUAUACUGCGUCGUCAUCUCGACCAGAUUGCAGUGCUAACGCGCUGCGCGGGCGUGGAGCUGGAACUGCUGAACGAGGAGUCCAAGUUCUCCAAGAAGCUGAACUUUUUCUCAACAGCCGGCGCGCUCUGCUCCUUUGGCAUUAGCAUGAACGAAGACAUCCCUAUGCCCCCGGCCAAGCGCGAAGAAAUGAUUAAGGAGAACAAGAAGAAGCUCAAGAAACUGGUCAACGAGCUGCAGAAGUAUCGCCUGCGCGUGGACAACGAGGCCUUUCAGCUGAUGGCCGAUAGUGCCACAAAGGUGCAUUUUAAUAAUCGGAUCAAAGAGCUCGAGGCGGAAAUUGAUAAUCUUAUUCGUUUGGCCGCGUAGUUCGAAUCGUACUCCUGCUCGAGUUUGUUAGAUAAAUUAUGUACAGUAAACCCUGAUAUUGUUAAACAGAUAUAUGUGUUAACCCGACUAAGACUUGUA